AUGGUCAAGAAAUCCAAAUCGUCUUUGGCCCCUGAUGAUCGUGAGAUUGUCGAGCUGUUUGACUCGUGGGAUAAAUUAUUGGAGUGGCUGCUCAACACCGCGCCAUCUUCUAUUAGGAUGAUUCGACCAGCUCUGGGGCACUUACACACAUUCACCAAUUUCUUCCACGCAAAUAUCGGCCAAGACUUGAAUGUCUCGCACCUCUGGGGCUUGUUGGUUUGUUUGCUGCAGUAUCUGAGAGAACUGGACCAACUCCCACGCAUGGUGAAAUCUCUUGCUCUUAAGGCCGAGUCAUUUAAUCACUAUUGUACGCGAAUUAAUAUCCUCACAUGUUCCAUCAAAGAGGUUUGCUUCGACAUACAACAUCAGUUCGUGGACUUCUUCACGAUUGCUAUAAAAGAAAUCCGCCUAGCCGAAUCAAGGGACUGCGGAGUGGUCGUUACCAACGUCAGUUCAGCACCGCAGGAGAUCAUCAGACGACGCUACGAAGAAGCGUCGGUGAUAGUGGGAGAGGCUCUUUCACGCUUGAGUAAGCUCGAAACUGCUGGGUCAUUCCUAGUCGACCCAACCACCUCUGGGGCCGUGCGGUCCACACCACCCAAACAACGUUGCAUAUUGAUGCCACCGGUCAAGACCAGCCGGAUCUUUGAUCGACUUGAUGUUUUCGUUCAACUUGAAGAGCUUCUCGCCGCGGACGCAGGAGACGGUUCACUCCAGUCGGUUGCUUUGCACGGACUUGGGGGUGUGGGUAAGACUAGUAUAGCAUCGUCGUACGCCGAGAAGAAGUAUUCCCAAGAAACCUACGACGUGGUUUUAUGGGUGCAUGGUGAGAAGGAGGCUUCUUUGCGUCAAAGCUAUACAGACAUUGCCCUGAGACUGAAAUUGCCCGGGGCACAAUCGCUGGCCCAUGAAGAAAACCAUCUCCUUGUUCAUGAAUGGUUCCAGACCACAGAAUGCAAAUGGCUUGCCAUUUACGAUAAUGUCGAGUCCUCCAAUACACUUCUCCCAUACUGGCCACGAGCCACGAAUCAGGGCAGGGCCAUCAUUACUACGAGGAACCAUUCACUCGCGUAUGAACCAGCGCAAUCUGGUAUCGAAAUUACCUCGUGGGACGCCAAUACGGGAGCUGAAUUUUUGCUCUUCCUCCUCAAGAAGAGUAUCGGGCGGGAUCUGACAUCCGAGAAAACGUCUGCGCAUACGCUUUCGAAAAAGAUGAGUGGACAUGCCCUAGCCCUAUCACAGAUGGCCGGGCUGAUAUAUGACGGCGAGCUGUCAAUCAAGGAAUUCACGAGCAUGUACCUAGAGAACCCGCAACCAGCCCAUGCCGUAGAUGCACUGUCUGAGCUCUGGCGGUUCUCCUUUGAGACCCUCGACGCGAACAGCUUUUCUCUCCUUGGGGUCAUCUCAUUUCUGCAAUCAGACAAUAUACCGAUGGAGAUUUUCAAACCCAGAGGCGGACUGGAAUUACCCCCGAACUUGAAUUUCUUGAAGAACCAAUUUCAGAGUUUCGCUACCAUAAGCAAACUUACCACGCGUGCACUCAUAAAACGAGACAAGGACUCGGGUGUGUUGACGGUCCAUCGUCUAAUUCAAGCCCAAUUCCGUUAUUUCUUGACCUCAGAACAACUCCAGAAGGCUUUCAAUGACACCAUCAUAUUAGUGUCUUACGUUCUUCCGGAGAUCGACAUGGAAAAGGGCCAGCUGUAUGAAGGAUGGGAUACUUAUAAUCGGUAUUUACAGCACGUCAUUAGUCUUAGGGACAUCUUUCACGACGACACUAAGACAAGUUGCGGUUUGAAAGCUUCAAUAUUGUUUUGUGAGGUUCUUAACCAGUAUCAAAGGUAUUUAUACGAGAAGUGCGACUUCGAAGAGUGCGCGAGAACCUGUGAGGUGAAUCGGGCCGCCGUUUUAACCCUCUCCUCUAAAGAAGACAAGAUUGAUCUCGAAUGCACCAUUUUAUCCCACCAGGCACAAGUGAUGGAAGUAAUCGAUGAGGUUCAACGUGCCAUCACCAUAUGCCGACAGGAUAUAAGUAUCAGACGCAAGGAGGAGCCCCAGAAGAAGAUAUACCUGGCUCACUCGGUGGGCAACCUUGGCAUCAUACACACCAGCGCCAAUAUGCCCCAGAAGGCGUUGGAAUACUUUCUGGAGUCGCGUGGAUGGUGGGCAUCUCACUACGAGGACCAGAACGAGGAUCGGGUCUUCGGGCCCUGUAUCCAGGUGUACGAGGCAAGAUGUAGGAUGGAUAUCGGUGAGCUGGACCUGGCCGAGGAGAUGCUUUACGAUGCCCUCGCCGAAGAGAAGAAAUCCAAACCUCCAAGUUUCGGCACUAUAGCUAACGCAUACUUCUUUCUUGGGGCGCUUUACAGGCGCCGACGGAAACCGGAAUUUGCUGAGGAUCUCUUCAUCCAGGCUCAAAAUACCUGGCGUGAGGGGGACCAGACUCGCGUCCACCCGUUUAAUGCGGGGAUUCUAUACAACAUCGGUGCUUGCUGCCUUGACCAAGGGAAGAUUGAAGCUUCAAUCAAGCACAUCCGGGAGUCAAAGGAACUCACUGAGAUCUACAGCCGUACUAUGCCUGUCGAGCACGGCCGGAACCUCUUUAAGCUCUCCGAGGCACUGUUGCAGAAUGGGGAGGAAAAGGAGGUGGAAGCGUCAGUUCUACGGGAUGAAGCUGAGUCCUUUUUGAAAAAGAAACGGCCAGCUGCUAUCGAGACGGGCACGGAGGGCGCCUAUAGUGAACUCAUACCUAUCUAUUGGCGUUAG